AUGGCCGACACAGAUCCCUUGCUUAGUGAUCUCUGUUCAAUAUGCCAUGUGAAUCCUCCCAAAUACCGCUGUCCACGUUGCUCAACACGCACCUGCUCUUUACCCUGCACACGUCGCCACAAACUCUGGUCGCAAUGCUCCGGUGUGCGCGACCCAGCCGCAUAUCUAAAGCGCAAUGAAUUAAAUACCGAAUCUGCGUUCGACCGCGACUUUAAUUUCAUCACCAGCAUCGAGCGCACCCUCGAGCGCGCGGAGAGAGAAGUCGAUAACCGCGGGAUUGAUCUUACGAGCGGUGCCCAGGCUGAUGAUGGCAAUUCGGAAGGUUCCCAGCAUCCGGCUGCCGGCCGUAAGAGGAAGAACCCGAGCCAGGGCCUUGCCAAGGGCGAAGCUGCGUUCUUGCGCGGUACCGAGACUGCUGGUGUGAGAGUUCUCCGAGCCCCGAAGGGGAUGUCGAGGAAUAAGCAGAAUGGGUCGCGUUUGCAUCCCAAACAUAAGCGUCUUGCUUGGACUAUAGAGUGGAUUACGGCUGAUGGGGUGAAGACUAUUCGUGAUACUGUCAUCGACACAUGCUCUGUUGCUGAAGCCUAUAAUCGAUGCUGCCCACGCCCCAAAGAUCCGGAGACAGCUAUCGAGCCAGUGAAGGAAGAGAAAAUAGAAGAUUUGGACCCCGCUAAUACAACUAUCGCUACACCUGGUGCUCCUGCCACGACAGAGAUUGAAGCGGCAGACACAAAACCACCACCAUCCCCGAUCAAAGACCCAGCAAAGGAACCAACAGAUACCUCAAUUGAGCAAACGGAUAAAGCAUCAAAUAAGACCAUUUCCCCUCACCGUGGUCUUUACUUCUACCUUCACCGUCCACGAACCACGACCAACAAACCUGUCUUAAUUCCUCUCUUGCAAUCCUCAACGCUUAAUACUAUUCUUCGCAAUCGGACUGUCCUGGAGUUCCCUACGAUUUAUGCACUGCCAGAAUCAGCGGAGACACUAUUUGCAAACAAAGAUAACUCCAAAUUCAUUCUGGAGGAAGACUAUCUUCGCACCGCUGGGCCAGAUGAAACGGCUCAGUCUUCCACCACAAGUGACGAUGAUGACGCGGCUGGAAACGAAAAGCUCCCCGCUUCAUCGGCGAAUCUUCAAGAUGUUGAUGAGAAUCUGGUAUUGGAGGUAUUGAAGCAAGAUCUUUUUGAAUUAGUGCCGGAGACUGGGCCAGGGGAAUGA